CGUAACUAGGCAAUAUAAACUUACAUAUUCAUAGCUCGAGCCGAUUUCUAAAGUUUAUACAUAAGGUGACUGAGUUAAACGUCUUGAUAAUUCACAACGACUCUCUCGGUCAUUUACCACGUGCAAGCUUAUUUUUUGAAUGCUAACUGUUCUCAGUCAAGCAGUGGUCCACGUAAUCUCAUCUAUCUGAUCAUCGCAAGACCACCAAGUAUGCAGCACUACCACAAGUUUGAUGUGGGCAAUCGUCCUUGCUUGAUUCUGUAUGCCAAUGUGCUUCGUGGACGGAAAAUAACUAAAGGGUGGGGAGAUAUGGUUGAUACACCUGACCCGUACAUUGAGCUGAAGAUGCGCAAAACUCCAGACGCCAAAAGAAGAACAGCCACGAAAACUAACGAGAUCAAUCCCGUGUGGAACGAGAAUUUCCGUUAUCUCCUCGAUCCAAAAGAAAAGAACAUACUUCAUAUUAACCUAAAAGACGACAACUACACAAUGGAGAGGGCAAUCGGAAGUGAACAGAUCAACAUAAACAGCCUGGAAAGGAACAAGUGGAUCAAGAAGACCGUUAUUUUUAACAAGGUCUCUGAACUUGAUAUGGAAUUAAAGACAGAAAUAGAUACGCAACCAAAUUUACGCUACAGUGUGGAUUUGUGUGAAGAAGAAAUGAAUUAUCUUAAGGUCAGGAAGUUGAAAACUAUGACAGGAAUGGGCUGUUUACUUGGCGGAAGGGGGCCGAAAACCAUUGAAGAGGUGCCAACUGUAGCCGUGCUGGGGUCAGGUGGGGGUUUCCGGGCUAUGGUGGCCUAUAGCGGUGUCUUCAAAGCUCUGCAAGAAACAGGUGUGCUGGACUGUGUCAUUUACACAUGUGGACUGUCGGGGUCAUGUUGGUUAUUAUCGACAUUGUACUCGCAUCCGAAGUGGCCAAAGUUGUCUCUGAAAGACUUUCAGGAAGAGCUAAAGAAGAACAUUGACGCGAAUUUUAUUAACUUGAUGAGUAUGCAGCAAGUGAGUCGGUACAUCAGCGCCAUGAUGGAAAAAAGGAACAACGGCCAGCCAAUCAGCUUCACGGAUUUCUUUGGCCAUCUGAUGGGAGAAACUCUAAUUAAAGACAGAAAAGAUUGUACACUGACAGAUCAACAGAUAAAAAUCGUAGACGGUAACAUCCCAAUGCCUCUGUAUACGUGUGUACACGUGAAGGCGAACGUUUCUGCCCGAGUUUUCCAAGAAUGGAUUGAGUUCAGCCCUUUUGAGAUAGGAAUGGAGAAGUUUGGGUCGUUCAUGAAGAGCGAGUAUUUCGGCAGUAAGUUCUUCAUGGGCAAGUUGGCCAAGAAGUACGACGAACCCCCACUCCACUUUUUACAAGGUAUUUGGGGCAGCGCUUUCAGCAUCAUGUUUGAUCGACUAUUUGAUGACAAUCGAAACAUGGACCCCGUGAAGAUGGUCAGACGGGAAAUGAAAAAGAAAAUUAAAGAAGAAUCGGUGCUAAGUGACGGAAGCGAAGAUGAAGACGAUGAUGACGACGAUGAUUUUGAUGAUCACGAUAACUAUCAUUAUGAAGAACUGACUGAUACUCCGACCGCGGCCAAAAGCAGAAAAACGCAGGAGGAGGAAGAACAAGGAGCGGAAAAAACGGUCGCGGACAAAGGAUUCUGGAUGAACUGGUUUAAGGACCUAGUAGAUAGCAAGAGAUUUCAGCUUCUGAGCACGCGCACUGGCCGCGCAGGCGUGAUUCACAACUUCCUGAGAGAGAUCUCGUUACUACCUAUAGGAGAAGAACCUAAGACCCCCAAAGAAACAGAUUCUGACGAUUCAGACGAAGGAGUGUAUUUCACCCACGUUAAGAAACAAUUCGUCGUUGACGCAGGGUUAACUUUCAACUCCCCGUACCCUCUCGUGCUGAGGCAAGCCCGAGGGAUAGACUUGAUCCUGUCGUUUGACUUCAGUGGUAGACCCAGCGAUGACAGCGAGCCGUUCGAGGAAAUAAAACUGGCUGAAAAGUGGGCUCAACAACACGGUCUUCGUUUCCCACCCAUCGACACGAGUGUGUUUGAGAAAGAAGGGAUGAAGGAGUUGUACAUCUUCCGUGAUCCCAACGACCCUAACUGUCCCAUAAUACUUCACUUCGUCCUCGUGAAUCUCGACUUCCGGAAGUAUAAGAAGCCAGGUGUCCCAAGGGAGACUACUGAAGAGAAAGAAUUCGCGGAGUUCGCCGUCUUUGACGAUCCCGAAGCCCCGUAUUCCACGUUUAACUUCACCUACACCCACAAGGCGUUUGAUCGGUUAUCUCAGCUGAUGGAAUUCAAUACACUCAACCACCUGAAGGAGAUCAAAGAGGCCAUUACAGAGGCUGUCCAGAGGAAACGAAAAUAAUUUAUUUCAAUAAGAUUAAAAGCCAAUGUAAAUUGUGUACGUAGAACAUACGGGCAUAUAGAUCAUGAAAUGCGAAAUCCCUCUUCUCAACGUGCAUGAUUUUUAAAUGAUAAGAUGUAUGCUUUUUUAGACGUUGUCAGCAUAGUUUUACUGUUUGUUGAGAUAGAAAAAUAUCGGAAUCUCCUCUGCUCUUGUGGGUUUGAUGGUAAUAAGCGGUCGAGGGCGAACAUAGGGAGGGCCGUUAUAAUGUAGUCUUCCAUGAAGUUUAUUGAAGGUCUCUUGACUUCCAUCAGUAUGACAUACUCGUGCCCACGAGCCUGCUGUGUGUGAGAAAAUCCGUGAUCCGCAUGUAGGAAUAUCCGACAGAAGGUUGCCAAAGGUUGGUGGUUUAGGCUGUGUAUUUCAAACCAUGAAACUGAUCAAAAUCGUAUAAGGGAGAGAUUCGUGAAUGCCGCGUUAACGCCACUCAAACAAUCAUUCAUCAAUUACACAACCCUGAGUUCCUCCAGUCACCAGUAAUAUUAUACUUUAAGUGACUCAUCCUGUCCCUCAUCUUACACUCCUGAAUUUGUACAUUGAUGAUAUCGGAAAUACCUGUAUGUUAAAGAAAGGCAUUCCUUUCUGUGAUAUGUGCUAUUGGUGCUCUGUAAACAGGUAACUUGUAUUAAAUAUUAUAUAUAUUUACGUAUAUAUGUUUAUUUUAAAUUGCCCCAUUACAAUGGUGAUCAAAAUUAAAUAUGUUUGAACACGGCGUGAACACACAUUGUACAAUCAUAUCAUUAUAUAACAGAAAUCACAUGGUUUUUUUAAAAAGUCAUAACGUGAGGCAAUAUUUUUUGUCAUAUUAAAAUGUUUCCGUAGAAAAAGAUGUCGUUAUCAGUAUGAUUUUAUAGUUUGUUUGCCUCAUUACAGAUAUAAGCAUGAUUUUUAGUUAUGAUAUGACUCUGAUAGUUAUUCCCUUUCUUCUAAAAUCGUAAUCCUGCUUAUCGGAUUGAAGAGAUGAGCUCUUCUUGCCUGAUUUAUAUUGACAAUUGUAUUUUCCCGCUACCAUUCGACCUCGGAGAAUUGGGGUGACAGUUCAAAUCCAGUUCAGGAGGUUUGUCAGCUAAUUGCCAAAGGCUGAUAGUUUAUUCUAGGCACUCCAGUUUCCACUGCCUAUAGACCUGACCGACGUCGUGUGAAAAAAGCACCCCCUGAAACACCAGUUAAUGAACAGAUAAAUAAAUAAUAAUAUCUGUAACUUGGUUAACAGAAGAACAUGCGGUAUUGUUUUGUCAUUUAUUGUGCCCUCCCAUUGAUGGAGUGGUACUCAUACAUGUGAAUGAGGGUAAAAUUAAGCUAACAUGCAAAGAAAAAGUACAUUUUUAUAACUGCUAAUCAAUGAAAAAUAAACAAAUAAAUAAAGUCACUUAUCUUGACAGAGGAACUGAUAUAA